AUGGCAGGGAACACUGGUGAAGCAGCACGCUAUUUUAGACGAAAUCGCGGCUAUCCCGUUCCUCCGUCAUCGCUGUCGAUCCCUAAUCCCGCAUCCCAAGAUCCAGCCCCAGAUACCACCGCCGCCAUGAAGCUUCUCUACCCAACUUCCCUCAAGCUCGACAUCGAGUCCCUGGAGGGCUUCUCCGUGAAGCUCGUCCCGUACGACGUCAAGACGGCCAUCCCCGAGGAGCACACCGACGCCGAGAUCCUCGUGACCUGGACCAACUCCGCCGACAACCUCAAGGACGCCGCUGGCCGCCUCAAGAACCUCAAGUGGAUCCAAUCCCUCGCCGCCGGCCCCAACGACGUCCUCAACGCCGGCUUCGACGCCACCAAGAUCACCGUCACCACCGGCUCCGGCCUCCACGACCACACCGUCGCCGAGCACGCCCUCGGCCUCCUCCUCAACGCCGCCCGCCGCUUCUACGAGAUGCGCGACUACCAGCUGCAGAACAAGUGGCCCGGCCACCUCGGCGGGCCCCAGCCCGACCGCCCCGCCGGCGCCUUCACCACCCUGCGCGACGCCCGCGUCCUCAUCUGGGGCUUCGGCAACAUCGCAAAGUCGCUCACCCCGCACCUCCGCGGCCUCGGCGCCCAGGUCAAGGGCAUCGCCCGCGGCCAGGGCGUGCGCGACGGCGUCGAGGUCUACGGCGAGGACAAGCUCGCCGAGCUGCUCCCCGAGACCGACGCCCUCGUCAUGAUCCUGCCCGGCUCCGACGCCACCAAGAACGCCCUCAACGCCGAGCGCCUCAAGCUGCUGCCCAAGCACGCCUGGGUCGUCAACGUCGGCCGCGGCACCUCCGUCGACGAGGACGCGCUGGUGGAUGCGCUCGAGGCCGGCCAGGUCGGCGGCGCCGCGCUGGAUGUGUUUGUCACGGAGCCGUUGCCCGAGUCGAGUCGGCUGUGGAAGGCGCCAAACGUUAUUGUUUCCCCGCACGCUGCUGGCGGCCGGCCCCAGGGUGCGGAGGCCCUGACGGCGUACAACUUGAGACGGUUCCUGGCCGGCCAGCCGCUGAAGAACGUCAUCUGA